AUGUACGACGAAGAUAACCAGCAAGGAUUGAAGACAAGAAACUCGGAAAGGACGUUCAAACGCAAGUACGAGGUCGUCCGCAAAGAGUACCUGCAAACUGAGGUACGAAUCCUGGCAACGACUCUCAGUAACUCCGCCCACGAGUCUCUACAAGACAUUAGUCCAGAUUACGUGGUCUGCGAUGACUCCAGUCAAUGUUUAGAAGGAGACCAUAUGAUCGCAAUGACGAAGCCCUCGGUGAAAGUAGUUGUCCUUAUCGGAGACCCUCAACAACUGCCUUCUACUCUCAUCAGUGAGAACAAGGAAAACUUAGGGAUAAAAUACGUCAAGCGAUCAUUGAUGGAGAGACUUCGAGAAGCAGGUUACCCCUGCACAAUGCUGAGCACCAAUUACCGUUGCCAUCCGCAUAUCCUCGACUUUUUCAACGAAGUUAAUAUAUGCGGGACACCUUCGGGCAGCACAAGUCAACCCCCCUCCAAGCAGAGCUGGAAACACUCUGCUCAAGGCCAGGAGGCGGACAUGGUCAUCUAUAUGCUUGUCAAACUCUCCAAAGACGCAAAUCGAAUUGGGUUUGUUGCCGACAAGGCUAGGCUGAACGUAGCCCUUAGCCGAGCAAAGAAAGUGCUCAUCAUUAUCGGCAACUCGACUAUAUGGGACAAGGCAUAG